AUAUUUAAGUGGUCUUUAUCAGCAGUAUUUAAGAAGGUGGAUGGAGGUGGGUACUGCCACAGACAAAGCACGUCAACUUAGAUCCAAACAACUGGGACAAUGAGACACUGUGCUGUCCUCUAUAUGUGCCUGCUUCUCGGUAUUGUUCAGAGCACACCUGAACAGACCAAUAUUAACACAACAGUCAGUCCUGUGACUGCAUCCACCCACGAUAUCUCCCAAACUAUGACCAACUCAAACAUCACUACCAAUUCCUCGACUCAUAUUACCAGCCCUUCUCCAAACCUUAAAUCCCAGAGCUCCUUGAUCACAUCACCACAUCCCACCAUAACCCAACCUACGUUUACCAAACCUGUGGUCACAACCAGCACCAUGGCAAAACCCCUGCUGACUCCCAGCUCAAACCCUGACUCCUUCGACCAUUCUCAUGGCAGUGCUUCAGCCCAGUUUGUCGACUUUGGAUUUCUGCUGAUCUCUCUGAUGUCUCUUGUCAUAGUGGAUCUUUAAUGCAGUCAAAUAAUGCUUUACCUGCAUUAACUCUCAUUAACGUCAGGAUCUAUUAA